AUGAGUGGGGUCGUGACACUAGGAAUUAAUGGACCCCGCCAGCUCAAGACGUCAAUAACCAUUCCAGACUUUGCAUCAAACAACAUCACAGCAGAACCUCAAUCCGAAAUGGUCGUCAUCAAUCUGGCCUACAGCGCCCCCAUUAACCCAAGCGGCGCUACUCCUAUCCUCACCGAAGCGCAAAUAUGGAACGGUCUGAAGCGCAAGGUCCGCCACGCUAACGAAUUUGUGGCCCCCAUCAUCGAAUGUCAUGUCGUCAGUGAGGAGCAAACAGAAACGGGCAAAAAGGUCACUCGUGAAGUUACAUUCGAAAAAGGAACUCGAGGAAACCAAAACGAAAUUGUCAAGGAAAUUGUGUACGAAUUUGAACCAAGCCGUGUCGACUUUCAUCAGCCAGAUGGAAGCAACAUCUUCAACCUCGUCAGUGUUGACCAGGAUGGCAAUUUGAUCAUGACCUACGCCUUUGAAUGGCGACACCCGGAGAUUGCAGUGGAUAGCGAGCAGGUGAAAGGUUUGCGUGAGAAAUAUUUCAAGAUGGCCAAGGGCGCGGUGGAGGGGUCUAUCGAUACCAUUCGUCGACUGGUGAAGGAGGAGGAGCUUUGA